AUGAACAAAGAUAAUGACAAAUGGCAGCAUCCGAGGCAGAUGUUCCACAAGAACCGCGAUAAGAGUAAGUCGUGUGAUUUCCAUGGGGAUCACGACCAUCUGACUGAAGAUUGUCGGCAUCUAAAAGACAAUUUGGAGGAUUUAAUAAGAAGAGGUUACUUCAGCCAAUACAAAGCUCAGACUAAAGAGGGAGAUUUGAUAAAGCCAGCAAACCAUAAUGUCCAGUCUCGGAUCAACGAGAUCCAUGUAAUUAGCGGUGGUCCCAUCCAUGGAGGAAGUAUAAAUGGGGCAAAAGCAAGCUUGAAAGAAUUCAGGCAUCAUGUCAACUUCAAUGAAAGUCUGCCAUGGAAGAAGACGCCAUCAAUGCCAGCGAUGUUAUUUACUCUGGAGGAUGCCAAGCAUGUCGUUUAUCCUCAUGAUGACCGUUUAGUGGUAACUCUAAAGAAAAUGAUGACAUAUUCGCCUUCUCGGCGGAUGAGAUGCCGGGAAUAA